AGAAAUUACUUAAAUAUUUAUUUUUCUACAGAUAUAUUAUAUAAUAUAGCUAUUAAAUGAAAACCGCGUAACAUAUGAAAGGAAAACAUUAUUACUUAAAAUAAAAGCAAAUUCAAUUAUAUUACCUUCGUAAUAAUUUGAAAUAUUUUUAAAACAACUCUAUGUAAAGAAAUAGGUAGCCAAUCCACUUGUAGUUUUUCGAUAUGACAAGCGGUCGCGCGACUGUAUAACAACUAAUAGCUCAUUGUAGAACUGACUUCAGAUUGAUCUAAAAACGUUCCAUUAAUAUUUUAUGGAAUAGUUUAUGAAUAUUCUAUACAUAUACCAAAAUGUACACAGAAUAUUUCUUAUUGCACAUACAAGUAGUGUUUAUAGAAUAUUCUGAAUAUUUCACGAUUAUUGAAGAUUCUAUAAACAUUUUUUUAUUAUUCCGAGAUAUACGGAACUUUUGGAAUACAAAGGGAAUAAUUCAGAAAUAUUUAGUGUUUACUGAGCUAUAACCAGUGAUAAGAUGCGGACCGGGUUUUUCGCUCAUGCGCAUCGAGAACAGCAAUAAAGCAGUGAUGUAUAAUGUGACUAGAUUAUCGAGCAAAAAUCUUGGUGCAAAAGUUUUAGCGGGAUUGUAGCAGGAGGAAAUUAGAAAUGUACAGAUAUAUUUAUUUAGAUAUAUAUAGAUAUAUAAAUAUAUCUGUGUUACUUUUUUGUUUACAUUUAAAAAAAAUUACGCGAUUGUAUACAGGCAAUCAACGGUACAUCUUUUUUCUUUUAUAAGAUUACUGUUACUGUGCUACAUUACCUGAUACAUUAACAACGUAUGACAUUAAAUAACACAAAUUUGUUAGCUUAUUGAAUAGUGUUUAUUAUUCUUAAUAUUUAAAUAGUAGAUUGAAUAGUAUUUAGGAAAUAUAUACAUACCCAAACGAUUGUCCUACGAUACCGGUCAUAUUUUCACAACACUUAUUUCAUUUAAAACAAAUGCACAUGAAUUCAGUUACGUUCACAAAACACGGUGUGUGUUCUUUAUAAAAUUUUAAAAUUGCGCGCAAAGCAGACUUUCUCGUGGACUUGUCACGCGAUUGGUAAAAUUUCCGUAUUCCUUAACUUUUGUUCGUGAGUGUCCCUCAACCAUUUGUGAUGUCAACUGACGAUCCAUCGGUUGCACCGACGAUUGUCGAUAGUGCCCGUGUGGAGAAUAGAUCAGUCACAUCGUUCCUGUCGGUCGUGUAACCGAUAAUCAUCGUUAACGACCGAUACCGACAGUCGUCAGUAGGCAAAUAAAGAAUUGCGUUCCAGAAUUGAAAGCGUUGAAUUGUAUUGCAAGCAAGAAUAUUGAAGCCCGGUCUACAAUAAAUCGUUGGUCGUUGGUGGAAUGAUGCCGAGUUCCGAAUAAACAGCGCAUACGAGGAGAACGAAAAUAGCUUUUCUAAUACUCGACACUGCAUUUUUUUAAGUGCAUUUUUUUCCUACAAGCUAUAACCGGCAGUCUCAAAAUGUUUUUUUUUAUUCGUUUUAAUUUUAUUGCGAUUAUGCUGAUAUGUGUAAAUGUCAUUGUCGCCGCGCGUCCGAACAUUCUGUUAAUUAUCGUAGACGAUCUGAGGACCACUUUAGGAUGCUACGGCGACGCCAACGCAUAUACUCCAAAUAUAGACGCCCUGGCGGAGGACGGCAUUGUUUUCACCGAAGCAUUUGCACAGCAAGCGUUAUGCGCACCCAGCAGGAAUUCCUUUUUAACGGGCCGAAGACCAGACACACUUCGGCUUUACGAUUUUUAUAGCUAUUGGCGCGACACAGUAGGCAAUUACACCACGUUGCCAGAACACUUAAAGAAUAAUGGAUAUACGACGAUGUCCAUAGGAAAGGUAUUCCAUCCAGGCAUAAGUUCUAACGGAUCGGACGACAGUCCCUAUUCAUGGACCGACAAGCCUUUUCAUCCGUAUACAGAUCAGUACAAAAAUGCUCCUGUCUGUAGAACGACUCCUCAAUCCGAAACGGCAACAAAUCUCGUUUGUCCGGUACGCCUCUCGGUUAUGCCGAACAAAACGCUACCCGAUUUAGAGACGUUACGGGAGGCAAGAAGAUUUAUACAUGAACACAGGGAAAAUUUUAAUCCGUUUUUUUUGGCCGUUGGUUUCCAAAAACCUCACAUACCAUUGAAGUAUCCUGAACGCUAUCUAAAAUAUCAUCCUAUACGAAAAUUUAAACUGCCUGAAUCGUACCUAUGGCCAGACAACGUAAAUGAUGUUGCCUAUAAUCCCUGGACCGAUCUCCGAUGGAGACAGGACGUAGCAAAAUUAAAAUUAAAAUUUCCAUGGGAAAAAAUACCAGAGAAGUUUGCCAAGCGGAUUAUCCAAUCAUACUAUGCAGCCGUAUCUUACAUUGAUAGUUUGAUCGGCAAACUUAUGCAUCAGCUACACGUCUCGAGGAUUAGAGAAAAUACUGUGGUAAUAUUAACAUCUGAUCAUGGUUGGGCACUUGGAGAACACGUUGUCUGGUCUAAAUACAGCAACUUCGAUGUUGCUGUGCAUGUACCUUUGAUAAUGUCAAUUCCAAUGAUCACAUUUGAUAAUUACCAUGAUAAUUACAGCGCUAUAUCUACAGAUUACAUGAGAUACGCACCGAUUACAAACAAUAAUAAAAUGGAAAAUAAAAUCAACUCGAAAUAUGUAUUAAACGUUGGAAAAAUUGACGUUUCGAAUACAAGUACGGAAUACAUAAAGAGCACAUUUGGGAAAUAUAUUCAACGAGACCAUGAUAUAUCUAUGGACAUUAAUACGUUACAUUCUAAAAAGUAUUGUCGAACUACGAACGCUAUCGUAGAACUUGUCGAUAUAUUUCCGACGAUCGCGGAUCUGGCAGGUGUUCCCAUAUUGAUAUGUCAAAUUAAUAAUACGGAUAAUCGGUCACAUCCGACAGGGCUUCUUCGAGAGAAAACGCUCAAUCUUUGCGGCGAAGGUAUCACACUGUUGCCGCUCAUAAAAAGCAUUCUAAAAUGUCAGAGUGUAUCUUGGAAAAAGGCAGCAUUUAGUCAAUAUCCAAGACCGGGAAUUCAACCUACACUCCAUCCAAACAGCGAUAAGCCUCGUUUGAAAGAAAUAAAUGUAAUGGGUUACACUUUGAAGACCAGCAACUAUCGCUAUACUGCGUGGUUACCGUUUGCGCACACAACAUGCAAACCAGAUUGGGAUGUUAUCAUCGCGGAGGAAUUGUACGACCAUAGAAUCGACAGAGCGGAAAACUUUAAUGUAGCAGCCUCACCGAGAAUGUUAAAAAUUAAAAAAUAUCUCAGAGCGUUGUUAAGAGAUGGAUGGAGACAUGCCCUUCCAAGAUAUAAAUCAUAAUCAUAAAAAUUAAAAUCACAAUACAACAAUUUGAUAUUACAUACAUUGACUAAUAUCCUAGCAUUACAUUUCUAUUUUAAGUAUUUAAGAUAUUUAUCUGUCUGCGUAUAGUGCAAUUAAUAAAUUACACGAUUAUAUAUUCAUAUUGAAAAAAUCAACUCUAAUAAUAAUAAUAAUAAUAAUAAUCAAUCAUAAAUUAUUUUUUACAAUUGAAAAAAUAUAAAUGAACUUAUUAUGUAUGCUAUUGAAGAUGCCAUAUCAAAAUAAUAGAAAACAGGUACUAUAUGUAAUUAAUAACUAACGAUUAAAAAUCAAUAAACUCCAAUAAUAAAUUAAA